AUGAACUAUUAUAUUAUAUUUUUUAUUAUAUCCAUAGUUAGUUGUAAUCCAGAUUAUGAAAAUUGGUAUCCAACGUCUCCUUUUCUUCAUACAACUUUUAGAAAUUACUCAACGAUCAAUAAUUUUGUAGAUAUGAUGGAGAUACUUCCGGAUAGUUAUCGGAAUGUUCGGAACUCAGUUGAGAAAGUGACGAAGAUCAUGCGCUUUGGUACAAGCAGGCCGAUGCAGAAAGAUUUCAUUGAUGAUUUAGGCGUGAAACUAGUCAAUCACUAUGUGUAUCGCAAUGCGCAGAUCAGAACGCUAUCCGAAAGGAUUCAAAGAUUUUUCCGGGAAGUUUAUCGUUUAUCAACUGAUAGAAGUUACUUACUACUUGAUAAGUCAGGAAAAAUCACUUAUCUUCAAGAGUUUACAAGAAAGAAAGGAAACGAAAUGAGUCUGAAUGAUAAGGUGAAGUUCGAUGAGAUGGAAAUGAACGCUAAUAUGAAUCUCUAUCAGACAGGACUACGACGUGAUGUUGAUCAGUUAAAGCAUUAA